CACAUGCACCUCACAGUGGGAGCAUCUCUCUGACCUGGAUGCUGGUCAAACAAGGGGUGAAUAUUUGGCUAGGUGUGUAUCAUAGCACACAACACCAACAACUGACUUCAGCACUGAAAAUGAUCCUCACCACAUGAGAGCACAGCACCCUCACCAGAAAAUAGAGGCUGAGUUAGCUGUGCUGGCAGCACAGGGACACCAUGGUGUGACAGCUGAUCUGUGUUGAAAAAUGUCAUUAGGACAGACACUGCAUUCUACUCUACCAUAUCUAGUUUGCCAUGCCUUUAACUUUUCCCUUCCCCUCUGCUUCUAGUUGAGUUACUCCAUUCCUAGACUUUGUGUUCUUAAAAGGAUAAGGAUUUUCAGUGAGCACAAGAGCAACCACCGUAGCAGUUUCUCACCAUUUUGCCAUUGAUCAAACUACAGUGCAUUCCCUAAAUUCCUCCUGUCCCAGUGACAACUUCCUCAGUCAUAAGCCACAUACCUCUACUGUGAAAGCAAGUAUUCUGUUGUUGAUCAGAGAGGGGAUUUUGUUUUUUAAAAAUUACCACAACUCUUCAUGGGUAGUUAAUGAAUUAUUUCAGUUGAAUAAUUAGAAACCUAAGACCUCCACUUUUCUUCAUGCCAGUAAUCUGCAGAAGCAUGUUGUAAAAAUAGAAUUUGAAUACAAGACAACCACACAGAGUUAUCUGCAAGUCACUGAGACAUUGUAGCUUUCACUGUGUCCACAGCUUAUUACCAGAGACCACUGGUAUAUAACACAGGAAACAGAAGGAAAUACUCAACUUCUUUCAUGCUCCCUCCAUUGCAAGGCGUGGCUGCCUUCUCUUGGUUCUCAGUUGGAAUCCAGGCACAGAAUGUAUAAGAUUUCAGUCUGCUGAAAAAGAGCAGUCUUGUGUUUCUAGGUACCCCCGAGGUUUUUGCCAUUUAUAGGGGAUUUUUUUGCCUGUUGUAGUUUUUUUAUCUCUUUGAUUCAAAGUGACAAACAGUCAACAUCUUCCUACACUUGCUUGUAGACAUGCACAUACAAUUACUGGUCCCAUAUGCUUUCUUCUUUAUGUACUGGACACUCAGUUGUAAUACCUUAAAAUUAAUCACUACAUUAACCCACAUCCUCUAAAAGACAAACUAACAUAACUGUAGGCUCAAAUGCAUUGUGCAGCCAGCAAAGCAAAUGUCUAGCUUGAUUUUCCCUGCAAUUUCAAAGCUGGAACCACUUGCCUUCCCCUGUUUCUGCAGACAACAUCUCACAGAACAUGAGAGAACACUUUUUAUCUUUGCUGCUGUUAAAGAAGCACAGUGAGCUCAAAGGAUUCCUCAUUUUUCCCACCUUAUGGGUUAGUUCUGCAGUGCUCAGCCACUGGUGCCCAAUGCUAACAGCUGACCAGAACUGAGAAACUAUCUCAGGAAGAGAAGGGAAAGAACAUAUUACUCAGAUUUCUAAGAACUUGUUUCAGUCACAGAGCUGUUUUCACAAUAACAGAAGAGAGCAGAGAGGCCUCGGGUACAUCCUACAAACAAGAAGCUGACAGUAGAGAAGCUCAAUAUAGAGGGAAAAAACUUGCUCUGUCUCUCCAUCCAGAACUGUCCUGCUUACAUUACAUUUAGGCAGCUUUGGGGUUUUUUUCUGUUUUUUAUUUAAUAAAGAUUAAGCAAAAGAGAUUUUUAGACAGUAACAAAGGCAGAAAGCACACUGGUCAGACCACACAGUUUGAGAAGCAGGGUGCUGUGCUAACAGCAAUAUCCCUCCUCAGCAAUUUUGUAAUCAGCAUUUACAACAAUACCCAAAGAAAUACACAGAAUUAUCAAUCAGCUCAGCAAACACACUGCAUUUAAUGCAGAAAAUUCAAAUGCCAAAUCCAUCUCACUUCUCUUUCAAAGAAGAACACAACAGAACCCCACUAACUCAGCCUCAGCAGCCGCUCUUUGCACCCUCCUGCCCAACGGACCCCAGCUGCUCCUGGUGCAGCUGUUCCAGAGCUGAGCACACACAGCUCAGGGAAUCCUUCUGGCCACAUCCCCCACAGCCACCCUGUGCCCUUCUAGGUCCUACACCUCUUUUCUACCAGCUCCUGAAUCUAUCUAGGCAAGAGUUAGGAGGCUUUCCUUGGCUUUUGGCUCAAGGAAGACUUAACCACAUAUGUCAGGCAGAGUUUAUGGACUAAUACUACAAAUGUUCACCUUUAUAGGCUGGGAGCAGUUCAUUAGAAUGAUGUGCAAGCCUGAGUGACCACCCUGAGGGACAGUCCAGCUUGGCAGUGACAGCUGAGGUACAACCCAGGGGCAGAAGCUGAAAACAGGAGCUGGUGGCUGAGCACUUCUGCCUGGGAUGGCGGAGGAUCAGGAGCUGACUCAGGCACACAAAGCUCCACUGGAGCCCUCCCUCCAGCAGCGCAGCAGCAACACUUACCGCAGUGCAGAGCACUCGCAGGCGCUGCUCAGCGGCCUGGUGUCUCUCCGGGACAGCAGCAUCCUCUUCGAUGUGGUUCUGGUGGUGGAAGACAAACCCAUCGAGGCUCAUCGCAUCCUUCUGGCCGCGUCCUGUGACUACUUCAGAGGAAUGUUUGCAGGAGGACUGAGAGAGAUGGAACAAGAAGAAGUUCAUAUUCAUGGCAUCUCCUACAAUGCAAUGUGUAAAAUCUUGAACUUCAUUUACACUUCUGAGCUGGAACUCAGUGUGAACAGUGUACAGGAAACCUUAGCUGCAGCCUGUCAACUUCAGAUUCCAGAAGUCAUUAAGUUCUGUUGUGAUUUCCUCAUGUCCUGGGUAGAUGAAGAGAACAUCCUUGAUGUGUACAGACUAGCUGACCACUAUGACUUGAGGCAUUUGAGUGAGCAGCUGGACUCCUACAUUUUGAAGAACUUUACAGCUUUCUCAAGGACACAAGUGUACCGACAGCUACCCCUGCAGAAGGUCUACUCCCUUCUCAGCAGCAACCGUUUGGAGGUUAACUAUGAGUUUGAAGUUUAUGAUGGAGCACUUUUUUAUCACUAUUCUCCAGAGGAACUGGAGACAGAUCAGGUCUCCCUGAUGGAGCCCCUUAAGCUCCUUGAGACAGUUCGUUUUCCUCUGAUGGAACCCCAGAUCCUGCAAAGGCUUCACGACAAAUUAAGUCCAUGUCCUUUAAAGGAUACAGUUGCAGAUGCAUUAAUGUACCACAAGAAUGAAUGUCUUCAGCCAAUGCUUCAGAGCUCCCAGACACAGCUGAGAUCAGAGUUCCAGUGUGUAGUGGGAUUUGGAGGGAUGCAUUCUACUCCAUCCAUUGUCCUCAGUGAUCAAGCCAAGUAUCUGAACCCCUUGUUGGGGGAGUGGAGGCACUUUACAGCUGCGCUAGCCCCCAGAAUGUCCAACCAAGGGAUUGCUGUUCUCAAUAAUUUUGUAUAUUUAAUUGGUGGAGACAACAAUGUAAGUGGUUUUCGAGCGGAGUCAAGAUGUUGGAGGUAUGACCCACGACACAACAGAUGGUUCCAGAUCCAGUCCCUGCAGCAAGAGCACGCUGACCUCAGUGUUUGUGUCGUGGACAACUAUAUUUAUGCUGUCGCAGGCCGAGAUUACCAUGAAGACCUGAGGGAAGUGGAGAGGUAUGAUCCUAAAACCAACACUUGGGAAUAUGUGACACCUCUGAAGAAGGAGGUGUACGCCCAUGCAGGAGCAGCGCUGGAUGGGAAGAUGUACAUCACCUGUGGGAGGAGAGGAGAGGAUUAUUUGAAGGAGCUGCAGUGCUAUGACCCAAGGACUGACCGCUGGGAUGUCCUGGCAGACGGCCCAGUGAGACGGGCGUGGCACGGGAUGGCUGCACUGCUGGGAAAGCUCUACGUCAUCGGGGGAAGCAACAACGAUUCUGGCUACAGGAGGGACGUUCACCAGGUUGCCUGCUAUAAGCCAAGCACAGAUCAGUGGACAAAUGUAUGUCCACUUCCUGCAGGACAUGGAGAGCCAGGCAUCGCGGUUUUAGACAACAGGAUUUAUGUCUUGGGAGGCAGAUCCCACAACAGGGGAAUCCGCAUGGACUAUGUCCACAUUUAUGAUGCAGAGAGAGACUGUUGGGAAGAAGGACCCCAGCUGGAGGAUGAUAUUUCUGGGAUGGCUGCCUGUGUCCUCACGUUGCCCAGGGCUAUUUUAAUGGAAUCAGAGAAGUGGCUCUCAGAAUGGCACGCAGACCGAAUGAAGCAUCACCUUGACUUUCCAUCAGAAGUUAUGAGCGUAUCAGACUGGGAGGAAUUUGACAACUCAAGUGAAGAUUAGAAAGCUUUAAUUAUUUUAUUUUUUUUUUGCCAGUGGAUGAGGAAACUAAGGCUUGGGAAAAGUACUUGAGAGAUUUUAUAUGUCUUUCUUAUAUACAUAAAAGUAUUUAAAGGUUUUAAAAAUAAGUGUUCUGCACAAAAUGCCAUUCACAGUCAAUAUCUGCCCAUCUGCAAGUGUUCUGCACAAAAUGCACUUAGUACCUGCCCAUCUGCCAGAAAGCAGUGGUUUUAAAGUAACCACACAACUGCCAUUUUCCCCCAGUUGUAUAGAGGUUCUUGUAGUUUGAAGGAGGCUUUUCUCAGCCUUCAGCAUGGACAGAAAAAAAAAAAAAAAGCACAGAAGGCUCAGCUUGACUAGCUUCUUUCCUUCCAGCUUUUAGCUUAAAAUAGCUCCUUGAGAUUUCUUUUUCCUUUUCUUUUGGGUAAUAAAAUUUCCUAGCCAGCUUAAUACAGGAAGGUAACACCUAGUGCUGCCCUCCUGUGCCAGGUGUCAGACAGCUUGAUUAGUUUUUCAGCAAGAGUGAACAUACAGAAACAGGAACAGUAGCAAGAAAGUCUGAACCUUCAUCUCAUCUGGGCAUGCAGCCAUCCUUGUAACUGGCUGAGAGUCUGUGAACUGACACCCACUCCUGAACUUCUAUACUGUAAGUUCUGUCAACACAGUGGAAAGAAGAUUUCUAGAAAAAUCUCUCUGUACAGAAUAUGGCAAUCUCAUCAUUCCACUGUCAGACACAUUUGUUCUCAACCAUAAAUUAAUAAAUUCUUGUCAGAACUUUUUUAA